AUGACGACCGUGGGACCAUUCCGGUUGCAGGUCCUGGGUGUCGAGAGCCUGGCGGUUGUGUCACUUCCUGGGAAAGGCGGAGAGGCACUGGAUUGGCUAGCCACAGCCUUGCCAGCAGCGCGGAACGCUGGUGGUGCUAAGGGAGGUUGUGCGGCUCUCAGCGCAGGCGGCUCCAAUUCCACAGCCGUGGUGGUACCGGAGUCAGCUUUACGCGCAGUUCCUCCACCACCUGGGGCCAAUGUCGACAAGCCUUGGGCUGCUCUCGAAGUCUCCUUCGCAAAUCGGUCCUUGUCGGACACUUUGGUGUUGGCAUCACUAGCCCCCGUCCUGUCGUCGGUGAAGGUGAGGUGGCGUGCACUACCGGCUGCCCAGGCACCCUGCCUGCUCCUCAUCAGAGAGGAAGACCUUGCUGCAGCAAGCGUGGCACUGGUUCGUGCUGGGCACGGCAUCGGUCCAGCUGCCCGCGUGUGCCCUCCCAGGCCUCAGGAGGAUGCAGCAGCGUCAAGCAAGAAUGCCGAGCACGUGGGAGCUUGGUCUUUGACUCGCCGAGAGGAGCCCGUGGGCAAGACCGUCGAGGAGCCUGAUGCGAAAGGUCCUCUGCGCUUACAGGCGCCAUCUGGAGUUUACGUGGAGGUGAGGAUCCCUCAGGAUGGAGCUACAGAGCAGGCCUCCUGUGCGGGAAUCCACUCUGUCGUGGAAGUUAGUGGAGGCCGUCAAAUGAGCGUGCGCCAUCACGUGGUUGACUUCCGACCACCCACGGGGCGGGUUCUUUGCACACAGGUCAAGUUUGACAAGGAGGUCAUGGCUGCGGAGCUGAGCUAUCCUCGUGGCCGUUUCCGCGAUGAGUACAUUGAAGCCUGGGCUCGAGUUCAAACGGGUCCUGUGGCAGCGUUGGAGCUGAUUUCCGAAGAACCUUCCGCAGGACCAUCGCGGACAGGUUACUGGAUCUUCUGCGGCAACCGCUUCGGGCGUGUCAUCGGUUUGCCUGUGGGGCAGGGAAUUGCCUCGGGUACAUGCUGCGCAUCCUUGGAUCAACUCCAAGUUUGCCUGGGCGGAGCCUCUGCAAGGGAAGAGCUCCACACUCGCUAUGAGGCAGUGUGGGGCGACAUCGAGCGGCCGGGGCGGCUUCGAAUCCGUGAGGAGGCUUGGUCCAAGAGCAAGUCCGGAGACCUGAUCUAUGACCAGGCAACCGGCGUGGGCGGAACCCUAACCUUCGGCCAAAGCGAGGUUCUCCACUGCUUGCCCAACGGAGUCAAGCAGCGAUGGCGCAUCCGUGACUGGGGUUUCGAUCCUUUCAGACCUGGCGGGCCACUCCCAGUGACAGUGCCCGGAGCACAGGCUAUUCAGUCAGAUGACGAGUUCUCUUCGUCGUCCAGUUCUUCAGCUUCGCCAGAAGCAGCAGCAUCUGCGACAAUGGUUCCUGCAGCCCCCACGGCUACCCCAGGAGCUCAGGGAGCUCCGCCUCCCAAGGCGACACCACCGCCAGCACCUCCGGUUCAAGCAGCCGUGGCUGUGGCAGCUGCAGCCUCGCGGAGCCGUUCACGCUCGAGUUCCUCCGCCACCUCCAGGCGGAAGAAGACAAAGGAGAAGCAGAGAGACAAACAUGAGAAGGAGAAGGACCGCGCAAGGGAUCGCCGGCGCCGCGAGGCUAGCGCGAGUGCCUCGCGGCACCGGCGACGCCGGCACGGCAGGCGCCGGCGGGACUCUUCGCAGACUAAGGCAGCGAAGGCACCAGCACCAGCGUAUCCAUAUGGAGCUUAUCCUCCGCAGGCGGCAUACCCGCCCUUUCCAGCCGGAAAGGCCCCGGCACCCCAUCUCCCAGCGUAUCCACCAGGGCCGCAAGUUUUUGGCCCGCCAGGUUUCGCGCAUCCGCCACCUGGAUAUCCGCCCCACCCUGUGCAUCCCCCGCACCUUCACCACCACCCACACCCCCCCCCGCUCCAUCCACACCCAGUGCACCCACAUGCAAUGCCAAUGCAUCCUCACCCAGCGCAUCCUCACCCGGGACAUCCACUUCCCAUGCACCCCGUGCCUCGCGGGCAUCACGCAUACCCUUGGCCACCUUAUCCAGGAGCCCCAUUGCCGCGGCCGGUUGCUAAGGUUCCAGCUCCUGUGCCAACCAAAGAGAGAGAGGACAGCCACACUGCAGACGGCAACGGAGCCACCGCAACUCUGGCAUCGGGUGCGAAGACUCUGCCACCAAAGGCAGCGCCGGCACCAAAGGCCGAAGGAAUUGGGAGCGCCUGGGGCCAGCCUGCCGGGGCACCACACGCAGCGGCCAAUGGAAGGGGUGUUGGCGCAAGCUGGGGCGAUCCUGUUCCAGCGGCCAGACCCCCUGACGACCCAAGAGUUGACUGGUUCUGUCGGCAACACAGUCUGGAUGCGGAAGUCGAGAGAAACCUUCGACAGCUGGCACCUGAAGCACAGCGGCGUGUAAUGGACGAGGGCCCUAUUGGUGCAAAUCCAUCCUUCGAAGUGUUGACUCGUGUCCGUCGAAUAGAAGCCUGGGAACAUGGUCACCAUGUUGCAAGCUUUUGUGCUCGCCACUCCGUCUCUCCUCAAGCACAGGAAGCGCUCGGAGCCUUGCCACCGGACGCAGCACGAAAGGUGAUGUCCGCUCCGCUUGCCAGCCCAGACCCCUCCAACGAACUGCUUGGACGAUGUCGCGAACUGUCCAAGGACAGCGCUGGCCAAGCAGAAGACCCGAGGAAGCCAAAGUCUGGAAGCUCCAGCUCGUCCUCCGCAUCAAGAUCCAGGAGCCCACGGCAGUAG